AUGUCUUCCCCGCCCUGGGACUACAUCGCCAAGCUCGUCUGCAUCGGGGACUCGGGAUGCGGUAAGUCGUCGCUCACGAUCCGGCUCUGCGAGGGGCGCUUUAGCCCGCAGCACGACGUCACCAUCGGCGUGGAAUUCGGCUCUAGGAUCGUCCCGGUUGGCCCGCCGCAUUCCAAACGCUCGUCCACAUCCUCCGCGGCCGACGGCGGCCUUCCCGAACCCCCGCGCGCCUCCCCGCCGCAAAAGCACAUGAAACUUUCCCUUUGGGACACGGCGGGACAAGAAACGUAUAAAUCCGUAACCCGGUCCUACUUCCGCGGCGCCUCCGGCGCCCUCCUCGUCUUCGACAUAACCCGGCGAUCGACAUUCGCCCACGUAACCGACUGGCUCAACGACCUGCGCGCGAUCGCCGACCCCGACAUCGUCGUGAUCCUAGUCGGGAACAAGCUCGACCAAGCGCAGCCCGCCUCGGAAGACGAAAACACCACCCCUAGCAAGCGCGAAGUGACGACCCAAGAAGCCACCGACUGGGCCCGUACCAACGGCGUCCUGCAGUACGUCGAGACCUCGGCCAAAUCCGGCGAGAACGUCGAGGACGCCUUUAUGCGCGUCGCCGAGCGCAUCUUCGAGAACAUCAACGCCGGCAAGUACGACCUUAACGAUCGCCGCUCCGGCGUCAAGGGCCCUGGGCCCGGCGGCGCCAAGAACGUCCGGUUAUCUGCCGACGCGGGUAGGGGUAUGACGGGCGGUUGUUGUUAG